AUGAUGCUUACAUGCAAUUGUUUACUCAUGUUACAUGAUAAAAUUUCGACAGUAUUAAGAAAACAAAAAGAACAACAAAUAAUGUCAGAUAGCAACACUGAUUCGGAUUUACCUAUUAUUCAUGAGUAUGAACAAACAUCUAAUCAAUCACAAUCAAAUAUAAAUAAUAAUUACCAAAUACCAUGUUCUGUUCGAGAUUUCUCAUCUCAAUAUGGUUCAGAUCGUAGUUAUAGUUAUGUUGUACAAAAUAUUUGUUCUGGUGUCGAUAUCUAUCCACAGUAUGGUGAUUCACAACGUGCGCUCGUUUUUCGAACAUAUGGUCCAUGGUGGUUAAACACAUCGUCUCAUCAAUAUUCAAUAAAAUAUUUUACACGUUUUGAACCAUCUUUUACUAGUCGUGAUUACAUUGAUAUUGAAUAUGAACGCGCUGUUCAUAUACAAUGUUUACAUUUAUAUGAGACAUACAAUCCUGGUACAUUAGAAGUUGUUUAUGCCGGUUUAGAAGAAACAGCACCCGAUCAAAACAUAUACGUAAAAUGGUUUCGUAUAUGGAGAUUUCCCGAGCCAUUUACAAUUGAAUUAAGCGAUAUUCAAAACAAUUGUAGAGAUUUUCUAAUUACUGAUGGUUUUCAAAGUAUUGAAGAUAUAUUUCACGACCGCAAAGAUAUAUUAUUAUCAUCAAAGAAAAAUGAUUCUUUAUGGAAUAGAUGUAAAUUAUCACAAAUAUCAAAAUUACAUACAUAUCAUCAGUGUCCACCAGCAUCUCGUCUACCACGCAUAGUUAAAAUUGAGUUAGCGGAUAAAAUUAAAUUUCCAUGUAAAUUAAUACGUUUAGAAUUUGAUCAUAGUACAGUGAGUUAUUAUACAGAAAUAGAUACCGUUAUUCUUAUUAGUAAACCAUUACUACCUCUAAAUGGUACAAUAGAAUCUAACAAUAACUCUUCAUUAGUAAGUAAAUCGCUUCAUCAUAUUGAUUUAGCAGUCUUCUUCUUAAAAGUAUAG